GAAAUAGAGAGAGAGUGUUUUUCGCUUGGGUGCAGAAGAAGUCCUUGCCAGUGCUGUUUGUGCUGUUGCCUAGACAAUAUAAGAUCACAAGGAGGGAUGUCUGGCUCCAAGAAGGAGUUUGACAUUAAGCAGAUCUUGCGAAUAAGAUGGAAGUGGUUUGGCCAUCCCAUGUCCUCGCCACCAACCAGCUCUGACGAAGGCCCACAGCAAGAAGACUUCUGCAGCAGGGGGGCGGCAGGGAACUCCUCAGGCAGCGGUGGCAGCAGUACAAAGUUUUUAGACCCAGGGAAUUGCCCUUUGCCCUUGGCACCAAUGAGCUGUCACCUCUCCUCCAGCCACCAGGAAUGCCAGAGCUCUCCCCCCUGUCAGGUGCCCACGUUUGAGUUCACAUCGAAAGACUGCCAGGGAGCAUGUGUGCUUAAUGGGAACGAAAUCACGAAUGCAGCAGGAAGCGAGGAGGAGAAUGACUCGGACAGCAGCUCUUGCAGGACCUCCAAUAGCAGUCAAACUCUGUCCUCAUGCCACCCUAUGGAGAUGUGUGCCCCAGACGAAUACUUCCAGGUACUGAACCAUGCGGAGCAGACCUUUAAGAGGAUGGAGAACUAUCUGAGGCACAAGCAGCUGUGUGACGUGGUGCUAGGGGCAGGUGACCGCAAGAUUCCAGCUCACAGGUUGGUUCUUUCCUCAGUUUCUGACUACUUUGCUGCCAUGUUUACCAAUGAUGUGCAGGAGGCAAAACAAGAAGAAAUUAAGAUGGAAGGCGUGGAUGCAAACACACUGUGGGCUCUGGUGCAGUAUGCGUACACAGGUAAUGAGAUCCAGAAAGGUGCCGAGGGAGGUGAGCAAUCGUUCCUCCUGCACUGCCUUCUUCAGCUCUCCCAGGUUGUGGAGGCCUGCUGCCGGUUCCUGGCGAAGCAGCUCCACCCCUCCAACUGCUUGGGAAUAUGUUCCUUUGCUCAUGCACAGGGCUGCACAGACCUGCACAAAGUGGCUCAUAAUUAUACAAUGGAGAAUUUCUUGGAAGUGAUAAAAAACCAGGAGUUCCUCUUGCUGCCGGCCAGUGAGAUUCUGAAAUUGCUGGGAUCUGACGAUAUGAACAUUCCCAGUGAAGAGACCAUUGUGAAUGCCCUGCUGAGCUGGGUGCGGCACGAAAUUGGAAACAGGCAGGAAGAGCUCAGCAAACUCCUGCCUUUUAUCAGACUACCCCUGUUGGCUCCACAGUUUCUGGCAGACAUGGAGAACAACAGCCUAUUCAGGGAUGACAUUGAGUGUCAUAAACUCAUCAUGGAGGCCAUGAAAUAUCAUCUGCUACCGGAGCGCAGGCCCAUGCUGCAGAGCCUCAGGACUAAGCCCAGGAAAUCGACCGUGGGGGUGAUGUUUGCAGUUGGAGGCAUGGAUGCAACUAAAGGUGCUACAACGAUUGAAAAGUAUGACCUUCGCUCUAAUACAUGGACUCAUGCGGCAAACAUGAAUGGGCGACGGCUGCAGUUUGGAGUGGCAGUGUUGGAAGAAAAGCUGUAUGUUGUUGGUGGGCGAGAUGGACUGAAAACACUCAACACAGUGGCGUGCUACAAUCCGAAGACCAAAACCUGGAGUGUGAUGCCACCUAUGUCGACACACAGACAUGGACUUGGUGUUGCUGUGUUGGGGGCUCCCAUGUAUGCUGUAGGAGGGCAUGAUGGCUGGAGUUACCUGAACACAGUGGAGAGGUGGGACCCACAGGCUUGCCAGUGGAGUUUUGUGGCCAGCAUGUCUACACCAAGAAGUACUGUUGGGGUGGCCGUGCUUAAUGCAAAGUAA